CCUCACCUCACCUCACCAAACAAGUAACACACCACACCACACCACAACAUAAACCACAUCCAUCCACAAUAAUGUCCGACCCACCCAGCACCAAGCCCCUCAGCGACCGUGAGGCACUAGCCUUGCGGCAAAUCCCUACGAUGACCUUCUCCACCGCCACCAACCCUCUAACCGCCCCUCUUCCCCCCGACCCGAGCGCCUCCACCCCAGCCCUCCGCGCCGCAUCGCGCUUCGCCGUCCCCGGAAAAGCCAUCAUUACCGGCGGUGCCGGCUCCCUGGGCCUAACCGUUGCGCGAGCCCUACUCGAACACGGCGUGACCGCACUCUCCCUCCUCGACUUGCCCGCGACGAUCACCACCUCGACCGCAGCGCUGACCGAACUCACCACCUCCUUCCCAGACGCACAGAUCCGAACCUACCCAGUGGACGUGACAUCGCCCGAAAGCAUAACCACCACCAUCACCACGGCCGUAACCAGCAUGGGCGGGGUAGACCACCUCCUCAGCUUCGCGGGCAUCGUCUCCUGCACGCCGUCGACCGCCGCCGCACCCAGCGAGUUCGCCAAAGUCCUCGACGUCAACCUCACGGGCUCCUUCCUCUGCGCCCAGGCUGUCGCGGCCCACAUGAUCGCCCAAGGCACCGGGGGCAGCAUCGUCUUCACGGCCUCCAUCUCCGCCCACGCGACCAACUUCCCGCAGCCGCAGGUGGCCUACAACGUCAGCAAGGCCGGGGUCGUGCAUAUGACGCGCAAUCUGGCGGCGGAGUGGGCGGUCCACGGGAUCCGGGUCAAUAGUGUCAGUCCUGGGUAUAUGGAUACGGUGCUGAAUGCCGGGGAUGGACUGCAGCCGUUGCGCGAAAUUUGGGCGCAGCGGUGUCCGAUGGGGCGAAUGGGGGAUGUGGAGGAGGUGACCGGGGCGUUUGUGCUGCUGUGUAGUCCGCGGGGCGGGAGGUAUAUCACGGGAGUGGAUUUAGUGGUGGAUGGGGGAGCGAUGACUUUGUGAGCGCCCUGGAUGAUAGACAGCGAUGGGUUAGGGCUGAAGGACGGGUUGGUGGUAUUUCGAUCUUGCCUCCGUAGAUAUAAGAUUAGAGGCUGAAGUAGACCUCUGAUCAAUGAUGGCAGAAGCUGUGACGUACUCCUAGUGACACGGCUUGUACACAUGGCUUGAGUUCGCUACAACACCGGUCAAGUAUAAGUAAAUGGUAUUUGUGUCCCUCGUUAGGUGAUGCAGUAGCAUGCCUUGUUAAUUUGACCCGUUCAGCCGGAAGUAUUGGCAUUUCUGGCAUUACCACCGAG